GGAAGCCCCAAAAAGGGAAAACAGCAAGGGUCUAAAUCAAGUCGCUUUAGUUUUGUCCUUCAACUCUUUUCUUUUGGGCUUAUGUCUCAGCCUUAUUAAGAUUUUCUUUUGAACAUUUCGGCCUCAACCUUUCGACUGAAAAUAAGGCAUACGUUCUAAAGCACUUCGCUAAGAAAAGGAGACUUUAAUUUAAGGUAGCAGCUAUGUCACGUCCGGAGGAUGUCUUGCCCCCUGAUCUCUUCUACGACGACAAUGAAUCUCGCAAAUAUACCACGUCCUCGCGAAUUCGUAACAUACAAUCUGAUAUGACCAAUCGGGCACUUGAACUUCUUGACCUUCGAUCUCCGUCAUUGAUUCUGGAUAUUGGCUGUGGCUCUGGACUUUCCGGCGAAAUUCUUUCUGCAGUGCCCCCUGAACAUGGGGGACCUCAUACCUGGAUGGGCAUGGAUAUCUCACCUAGCAUGCUUGAUAUCGCCCUUCAACGGGAUGUAGAAGGUGAUUUGUUUCUUGCUGAUAUCGGACAAGGAGUACCAUUUCGCCCAGGCACAUUUGAUGCAGCUAUCAGUAUCAGUGCCAUCCAGUGGCUCUGCAACGCCGAAACGAGUGAUGUUAGUCCUGAAGGACGCCUGCGGCGUUUUUUCGAAGGGCUUUAUGCUAGCCUACGGCGUGGGGGCCGUGCUGUUUGUCAGUUCUAUCCUAAAAAUGAUGCACAGCGAAAUAUGAUCAGCGGUGCUGCCAUCAAGGCUGGUUUCGGAGCUGGCAUCCUAGAGGAUGAUCCCGGGACAAAGAACAGCAAGCUGUACCUGGUUUUGACUGUCGGUGGCGGUGGUCUGCAAGGUGAUAUUACAGGCGUUGUGAAUGGAAUGGAUGAUGUUAAUAUCUUGGAUGCCAGAAGAAAGGCAAUGGAGAAUGGGAAAAUGCAACUGCCGCGAAAAGGCGAUAAGGCUUGGAUUAUGCGAAAAAAGGAACAAAUGGAGAGAAAGGGCAAGGUUGUGAAACAGAAUUCUAGGUACACUGGUAGGAAGCGGCGUCCAGCUUUCUAAUUAUACGACCAUGGUUGGCUUCCUGUGCUUGAUCAAGUCGAUAUCUCUUUGGUGCUUGGGUUCAUUGCGCAGGAAACGGAAAACAACGAGGCAGAAGAGAGCCAUGGCCACAAAC